GUAAAUUAUAAGACUAUCUGAAAUCUAAAUUUAAUAUUCAUUUUAGUUUUCAGGUUCUUAGUUGUAUACAUAAUGCCUAAAAAGAAAACAGGCCAGCGCAAGAAAGCAGAGCGUCAGAAGUUAAUACAAAAAGAGCUAAGAAAAGGACUGGCUAGUCGUUCUCUGGCUGAGCAGCCAUGUAACUUUGCCAUGGAAUGUGAAAAAUGCAACAGAUUCUGUGAAGGAGGCGCCAUAUGUGACUUCUGCGAGACUUGGAUCUGCCACGCCAGGAAGUGCCUACAGACACAUGCAUGCAGCUGCCCCCUCACUGAUGCGUGCUGUAUAGAGUGUGAGAGAGACGUGUGGAGCCACGGAGGCAGAAUAUUUAACUGCAACUUCUGCAACAACUACCUGUGUGAGGACGACCAGUUCGAGCACCAGGCCUCAUGUCAGGUGCUAGAGCAAGAGUCAUACAAGUGCCUGUCGUGCAGUCGUCUGGGCCAGCACUCGUGCCUGCGCUGCAAGAUCUGCUACUGCGAGGAGCACGUCAAGAGGAAGGGCGUCAAGCAGGACGCUAAGGCCAAGCCGCCCUGCCCCAAGUGCGGCUUCCCCACUGAGGAGACCAAGGAGCUCAGCAUGUCCACGCGCGCUCACAAGUACGGACGGCAGCAAGGCAACUACGCGGAGGAGCGAGACGCCAGCGACGACGACGACGCUGCGGGGGCAGCCUCAGGCUACAGCUUCCAGGACUACGAUGAUGACGAAGACGAUGAUGAUGAUGAAGAUGAUGAUGAGGAGGAUGAGAGUGAUGAUGAGGAUGAUGCAUCAUGUUGUAAAAAGGAAUAAACACAUGUUUGUACUGUUUG